AUGUGUGAUAAUAUUUGUGAAGAUAAAAAGAACUAUAUGUUCGAUCCCCCUCCAUUUUUAAUAUCUCAAAAUGUGGUGGAUUCGGCUAGUACAACUGUAGAAUUUGACUAUCCUUUAUAUGAAACAGCAAAGAGCAGAGAAAUAAAGAACAUAAUACAAGAAACGACGAUAAAUAUACCAAAGGUCGAAUAUAAAAACAAAAUUGUAGAAAUUCCUAGGGUGCAAUAUCGUACGUAUCCAUUAAUAAAAGAAGUGGAGACACCAAUAUAUAAAGAUAAGUAUGUAUAUAAAAAUAUUGAAGUACCUAAUAAAAAGUUAAGGAUAAAACCAGUAUAUAGAGAAGUAAAAGUACCAGAAAUAAAAUAUGUAGAUAAAUAUGUAAAAAGAAAAUAUAAAAGAUAUAAAUAUAUACCUAAAGAAAUAAAAGUCCCAUUUAGGCCUAGAAGAGAAAUAUAUAAUGAAAUACCUAUACCUAGAUAUAUACCUGAAAAUAUAGAAAAUUGUCUAGAAAAAAAAAAAAUGUUAGAUACUGCAUAUAGAGGGGAAUUACCAUUAUUUCAAGGAUAUGAUGAUAAUAUAGUAAAUAUGAUGAAUCCAUUUUGUACUUAUAAUCAAUCAGAUAAUUUAUAUGAUAACAAAAUGUGGGAAGGAAAAAGAAAAGAAAAAGAAAAAACAUGGAAUUAUGAUAUAUUAAAUUGUUUAUGUAUUAAUAAUAAUGAAAAUGAAACAUAUGAUAAUAAAUUAUAUGAACAAGUAUAUGAUCCCAAUAUGAUAUAUUCCUCUUCACCUUAUGAACAAAUCACCUAUACACCUCCAUAUCAAAUACUUUUAGAAAGAGAUCAAAAAAAAGAGGAAGAUCUAUUUUGUCAUAAAAUAAUUGAAGUUACAUCUUCUCUUUUGGCUUUUACAGGUAUAGCUAUUAUUUUGAUGGGGAAGUUAAGUUUGCAUGGUAUAUCAGUAGUAAUGAAAAAUAUUAAGGAUAGAAAUAAUAAUAAUAUUAAUAAUAAUAAUACACAUUUGAAGAAAAAUAAAAAUGAGAUAAAGGAUGAUGAAGCUAAACAGGAUGAGGACAUAACCUGUCCACCUGUCAAAAAAAAUUAA